CCGCCCACCAGCAUUACUAACUGGUGGGAAUUAAACACCCAAAAGUUUUUUUUGUAUAGGUCAACUGAAGUAUUUUAUAUGUUGCACAUGUGCCUUACGAAGGUACAAACUCAUUUCAAACGGUUAGGGAUAUGCCCCUUCCUUUUACUUGUGGCUGUGCCGUGUCAGAAUUCAAAUUCAAUAAUAUUUUAUUUCGUUCAAACUGUUCCUAUCCUGAUCACAUCUAGUGAAAAUUCUUUCUAUUCGCGCAGUUUUCCUCAAGGUCACAUCUCUAACCGUUUGAAACGAGUUUGUAUCUACUUAUUUAACUGAGUUCCGUGUACCUAGGUACGUAAAAUAGGGACGAAGCAAAAUUAAUAAAAGUAGUAUAAAGUCAGUAAUUUAUUGAAACUAACUGUAGUAAAUGAAAUGUCAAAAUUGUACAACAAAACCUAAAGGUGAAAAGGGAAAAGGGCCAAUAGCAGAAAAAAGGAACAAUUACUUUUUAGGAAAGAAAGCCGUGGUUGGCAAAUUACAAGGUAGGAGUAAUCGUAAACUAAUUUUCAAAUUUAUAAAGAACCCGAACCUUGUACCUGUAUGUCAAGAAAACUGGAACAAGUACCCAGGACAAUUUAUUACGCAGUACGACUAAAUUUACAAUUAGUACUUAUCUUGUCAAUACGAUUUUAUAAUAGUAACAGUACCAAUUUAAUUGAAUAAUGCUGACUUUUAGUGGACAACAAGGAAUAAUUAUAACUAUAAGAGUUAAAAUACAACUAAUUUCCAUUAAAGUCUAACAUUUUCGGUUUAUAAACAUAUAACUUUAAGUGCAAUAAUUACGUAAACUUAAUGUUAAUGCAUUUACUUAUCGACUGCAGUUUCUGAAGAAGUGUUCCCAUAUCGUACUAAUAUAUAUCAAGCAAAAGCAGAAAGUUUGCACUGAAUUGGAGAAUAAUGUUUACACUGUUAUUUUUCACAAGUCUGGUAACUUUAAUAAUUUAUAUAACUGUUAAUCAUAAGCGCAAAUGGAAAGCAUUGGAUAAUAUUCCAAGUCCUCCUACUUAUCCUAUCAUAGGACACCUCCCCGUAUUCAUCGGAUCGAUGGAGGAAGUGACACACAAAUUGAGAAUUAUAUUGAAUUUUCAUGACCGCAUGGUUAAAGUUUGGUCGGGUCCCUUUAAUUUGGUUUUUAUUAACAAUCCAAAAGAUGCAGAAAUAAUCCUGAAAAACUCAAAGGAUAUAGAUAAGUCGCCUGAUUAUAAGUAUUGGAAAUCAUUGGUAGGAGAAAGCUUAUUCACGUCUGUUACAGAUUCAAGAUAUAAGAGAAAUAAAAAGCUUAUACUGGCCUCCCUUACUCUGAACAACGUCAAGGAAUUUUUCGAUUCGUUUAAUAAACAUACGGACAAUUUAAUUAGUACUCUUAAUAAAAAAACUGGGCGAGAGUUUAAUAUUGGCGACGAUUUGUCAAUGUGUUCCAUGAAUAUUUUGCUAGAAACUGUAUUGGGAUAUAGUAAAGAAGAUUUACGUAAGGACGCAAAAGCAAUCAUGGAUUCUGUAGACAGGUUUGCAAAAUAUGGAGCAGAAAAAGUACUAAAAUAUUGGCUAAGACCAUAUUUCGUAACUUGGCUGUUAGGAUACCAAAAGAAAAUUAAUAAAGAUUGUGCCUUUAUGGAAAAUAUCACCUCUCAAAUAAUUAACGAAAGAUCUAAGAAUAGAAAGCAAAAUGAGGAUAAAUUUACCGUCUUUAUUGACACGCUCUUGGAUGCAAGGGAUGAAAAUGGUCCAUGUUUUUCACUUAAAGAAAUAAAAGAUGAAAUUAUAACGAUUAUUUUUGCAGGUCAGGAUACAGUUACUACAGCAUUAGGAUUCUCCUUGUGUCUUCUUGGUAGACAUAAAAACGUUCAGGAUAAACUUUAUGAAGAGACAGUGACAAAGUUGGAUAAAGAUGAUUGCUAUAUAACCUACGAUUCGUUGAAGGACCUGGAGUAUUUGGGUCGAGUUGUUCAAGAAACAUUAAGAUUAUAUCCAUCAGCACCAGUGGUUGGAAAAGUUGCCCUAAACGAUAUUGAUUUAGAUGGACAAAUAAUCCCAAAGGACACAAAAAUGGCCAUUAGCUUAUAUCAUCUUCAAAGAAAUCGAAAUAAUUAUACCAAUCCGAAUGUAUUUGAUCCUGACAACUUCCUGCCGGAAAAAAUCAAUUCCAGACAUCCGUAUAGUUAUAUUCCUUUCUCAUCCGGCAACAGGGCAUGCAUCGGUCAAACAUAUAGCGUUUUACUUCUAAAGGUGAUUUUAGCCAAAAUAAUACUGAACUUUAAAAUACAUUCGAAAAAACCGGAAGAAGACUACAAAUUUGCUUUCGAACCAACUGUAAAACGGAAGGAUGGUUUUCUGGUAACUUUGGAACCUAGAAAUAACAAAACUUGCAGUUAAAUAAUGUCUACAAGUAAAUGAUAAAAUGUAGUUAAAUAUAGCAAGAAAAAUCUGUAGAAUUUUCGGUUAUUUUUACUAAUAUUUGCAAAAAAUUCCGCUUUAUUAAUGUUUAGCUUCAGUAUAUAUUUUUAAAACUCGCUUAAAAACAUAAGAAUUUUUUUUCAAUUUUCUAUUUGCAAUCAAUUAAACUCUAAGAAAAAAAUGAAGAAUAGGAAAUAAUAAAAUAAUGUACGUAUACACCUAUGUACUUAAGGAAAAAUAACGCUAAAUAACUGUUUUUAUAUCCAAAAAUAAAUAAAUAAAAAAUUGACCACCCUCGCAAA